AUGACGACAACGGUGAACAUGCAACAUCUUUGUGCUGCCGAAGUUGUGUAUGGUGACGGAACCUUUUAUGUCUCACCAUCACUCUUCCUGCAGCUGUACACUCUCCAUGCUAUGGUUGGUGGUCAGAUGUUUCCGCUGGUCUUCUUCUUGCUGCCAGACAAGGCGACUGUUACUUACGACCGCGCCUUCCGUCUCCUGAAGGAAGCAGUGGAAGCAAGAGGACUUCAGAUGUCACCUCAACACAUCCAGCGAAGAAUGCCGUCUCCGUCAACUUCCCGACGACGCUGUGGAGGGGGUGUCUAUUCCACUACACACAGUGUGUGUGGAAGAAGACACAAGGGGUUGGCCUUCAGGGCGACUACAACCACGACGAAGAUCAUCACCCGCUUCGUAAGGCGUGCUGCUGUACUGCCUUUGGUGCCCGUGACAGAUGUAGACGACGUGUGGCUGAACGCACUUGCAGACAUGCCUGACGACCCUCGCUGCCUCCGUCUCGCCGACUACGUGACCACCCAGUGGGUGGAAGGACAUAUACCCCAGACAGCGUGGAACCACUACCAGAACACCGGUCCAAGAACCAAUAACCACCUGGAAGGUUGGCAUGGUCGCCUUAAGAAAAUUAUUUCUAAGGCUCACCCCAAUGUCUUCGAGAUGUUGUCUUUCCUCAGGAAAGAGCAGAAACUGAACGAAAUCAAGCUUGUUCAGUACGCUGCUGGGAGGAAACCGCCACCAAAAAGGAGGAAGUACAUCCAUGUCAACUCAAGACUAGAGACUCUGAAGCAAGAACUCCGAGAUGGUGCCAUGAGUGUCAUGGUUUACGCUGAUGCCGUGUCGCAUCUAAUGAAGUUACAGUGAACUGACAUUUAGUGUGUGACUUUGAAGUGUGAUGCAGUAGACCUAGUGCUAAGUACUGAAUGCAAUGUUAAUCAUGCUUUGUGUAUAUUAUUAUUUAAUUUAUGUAUGUAAUAUUAAUGUAAAUGAACUAAUAAAAUAAAAUAGUGAUACCUGAUACUUGUACAUGACAGU